AUGGAUUGGUUUCGGCAGAUAACUGUUGUGUAUUUAACCAAACUCGGCGUGCAUGCUGAACAUGGCUUCCACGAAACGGCAUCUUCUCAUAGAUUCGCGGUGGAGACACUUCACAACGUGCGCCACUUUCUAAGUGGCCAAGAUACGACAGAACAUCCGGCUUUGGGAACCAUUUCGAGGAUGAUUGAAGAAGGACUGCGGAUAUCCGGAGAGGCUGAGCGGAUGGACUACCGUCCUUCGCAGCGCUCUGCAAUGGACGUGGACGUACCCGUAAGGCAAAAGGCAAAACGACGAACCAAAAAGAAAACCGCCUGCGGAGAGUCGUCAUCUCAGCCCGUACACCGCUCCGAUGACGAUUUUGUGGAACCACCUCCACCUACAUCUGCAGUUCGAGGCCGUCAUUCUGUCAGCCACACCGGUGGUACCGGCGACGACAUUGGCCUCAGUGAUGUCCCCACUUCUCCACCGCGGUCGUCUGUGCAAGAUGACAUUUUUGGGGUGGAUCUAGAGAACGCUGUUGUUCAAGAUACUCCUCCCUCAAGGAUCCCUAGAUCUACAUCCAAAAUUGGGAAGGGGAUACGGGGUUUGUUUAUGCGGAAACGGCGAGAUGAUUAAACUAAUUUGAUACUUUGUAUUGAUAUUGGUUGUUUUUCAUUGAUUUGAACUCGUUAUAUUAGACGAUUUGAUCCUCUUUUUACACGUAUUC